AUGCAAUUUUUGUCUCAAAGGUUUGUUUCUGAAAAAUUUGAAGGGCAAUUUUAAAAAUACUUGAAAAAGUUUCGAAUCAGGUUUCAACUAAUAUAGAAGGUAAUUCUACUCCCACUCUUAAUUUAUUACACUAUUGAAAAGGUGUUUUCAUCAAGCUGGAUUGUAGUGAGCUUGAAUGUCAUUUUGGGACUGAUUGUGAUGUUUAGCCUUAAAUAUUAGAAAAAGUGCAUAAGAUUGUAUGAGAUUCUAAUUAUGAUUGGAAUUCUACUAUUUAAUUUAUUCUAUGCUAUUUCACAGUAUUUGAAUGUGCAUCCUCAGAGAUAUUAGUUUAUUGAUGGUUAUUUCUUAGCCAUUUUAAGUUUGACAAUGAUUAAUAUGAUGGAUACAAUACAAAAAGCUUUCCUCUUGUUAUUUAUUUAUCUGAUAUAUAUCAUUAUGAUUCCCAAUUAGGCAGAACCGGUAUGGCAGUAAAUAAUUAAAUUUUUCUUAUAUAUCAUUCUUUACUACCAAUAAUAGAGAUACCAAUAAUAAUUAUUAAGAUUAACAUAUCUUCAAUAUUUUAAGCACUUGACAAUUGAGAACACAAUCAGAGAGAAUCUAGAUAUGAAGUAUUAUGUUGUGAAUUUUAUAGAGAAAAAAAGAUCCUUUCUCCUUAAAUCAGACGAUUACAACUAAUUUUUGAAUGAAGAAGAUCAAUAUGCAUUUUAAUAAUUCUUACGCAAGAUUAAUAUCUCAUCCUCUAGUUCAGAUAUAGAGAAGCAAACAUUAACGAAGAUUAGAUCUGCCAAAAUGAAUUUGGAGCAGUUUUUAUUUUACUUGUUUACAGAUAGAAAGAAAUUACAAAGCCUACAAAGUUAUGAAAAUAAAUACUUAGACUAUCAGCAUCAUAUCUAUGGAUUUACAUCUGAAGAGUCUUACAUAAUCAAAGUUAUUAAAUGUUAUGAUACUGAACCGUGUGCUAUCUUAUUGAUAACUGAAUAAUAGAAACAAUAAUUUGUUGACAAACUUAAAUUGUAAAAUAAAGCUACGUUGAAAUUGUUAAACUACUUUUCAGAUAUAUUUACAACUUAAAUAAGAGUUGCUUUAAUCAUUCUUAAUCGAAUUUUAAAAUACAAAUAGAACUAGAAAAUUACAAAUGGCAAAAACAAGGAAAUUCAAUUCCUUAAGUAUAUAAACUCAUAACUUUAUAUUGCAUACAAUUAAUUUUAUAAUAUAUCUGAUUAUUUUUAAGCUAAUUCUGAGUUUAGAAGAAUACAAAUCACAAAGUUUAAUUUGAUUCAAGUCAUUCAAGAAUUAUUUGAAAAACUUAAAUACUAUAGAAAGAUUGAUUAAAUUAUGACUAGAACUUUUAUGUUAAUAACUAAGAUUUAAGAGUUGAAUAUUAAAUCUGAUAUGAAGCAGAUCUCAUAGCUAUUUUUUAAUGUCACUAAAUUUGCAAUGAAAUAUUCAGAUGAAAUCCAGGUAGAUUUAGAUGAAGGAUUUGAUCAAUCCUAUCCUCCUUAACCUAUAAUUAAUGUUUAAAUUCUAUUCAAAAAUUUAAAAGGUACUAAAAUGGAUCUUAGACAAUUUCCAAUUAUAAAUCCAAAAACCUUAUAAGAAAUAAAAACGAAUGAUAAACGGCCUUUAGAACUUGAUAUGUCUAUUUCAUUAUUGAUAAUUCGAAAUUUAGGGCCAUUUGAUAAAAUGACUAUUAGAAAGAUAGGUAAGCAAUUCUACAAAAUUUAAUUUUUUAUUUAUAAGAGUAUGAAUUAGGAUCUCCAUUUAAUACCAAUUAAUUCUUUUGAUCCUUCUUUGUUUAUCAAAAGAGAUGAUGAUUGGCAAUAACUUAAUCAUUUCGCAAAUUCAUUAGGCGUUAAUUGCUACAUUGACUCUCCAGAAAUAAAAUUAGAUACUUUAAGAUGCAUUACAAUUCCUGAUACUGCCUUACGAGGUUGA